AUGGGCAAUUGCCUAGUUCUUGAGGAGAAAGUGAUCGAAAUAAUGAAGACGGACGGGGAGACACUUCGGCACCAAUCACCAUUGAAGGCCCAACAAGUGCUGAAUAUGUUCCCUGGGCAUGCGAUCUCUGAGACACUUCCGAGGAUCACAUACUCGGAUCCAACCAUGUCGAUGAGGCAUGGGAGACUCUGCCGUCGUCUACCACCCGAGAAGCAACCCGCCAAGACAGGUGCUGAUGAAGAUGGAUUUAUCAGAAUCAAGAUGGUUAUAACGAAGCAACAAUUUCGGGACAUGCUAAGGAAAGGAGGUGUUUCCCCUGAUGGCAUGCUGAGGAGCCCUAGUGGUGCAACAGGUGAGAAGACAAGGUCCAUGGAGUGGAGGCCUACUUUACAAAGCAUACCGGAAGGAGAUGAUCUCUGCUUGGAAUAG